AUGAGUAAAGCGCUGCAAGGAGCAGAACUUAGGUACAACAAGUUGGAGAAACUGGCACUAGUGCUCCUAACCUCUUCCCGCAGGCUACGACAAUACUUCCAAGGUCACCAAGUGGUCGUAAGAACGGACAAGGGAAUGUCUCAAGUGCUCCAAAAACCCGACCUAGCGAGAAGGAUGAUGACCUGGGCCAUCGAGCUAUCCCCAUACGAUUUAAGGUACGAGCCUCGACAUGCAAUUAAGGCGCAAGCAAUGGCAAACUUCCUAGUGGAAGUAACCAGAGACCCAACCGAGGACACGGACACACGGUGGAAGCCCCAUGUAGAUGGAGCCUCCAAUCAGACGUUCGGGGGCACCAGAAUCAUAUUAGAAAGCCCAAUCGGGGUCAUCUACGAACAAUCGGUCAAGUUCGAGUUUCCCGUAUCGAACAACCAAGCAGAGUAUGAAGCCCUCCUAGGCGGCUUGAUCUUAGCCCGGGAAGUUAGGGCUACGAGGCUAGAAGUAUGUAGUGACUCACAGAUCGUCACGUCGCAAGUGAAUGGAAGCUACCAAGCUAGAGAUUUGCUAUUACAGAAGUACUUGGAGAGGGUUAAAGAACUGAGCAAACAGUUUGAGGAGGUCAUGGUCCAACACGUUCCGAGGGAGAGGAACACACGGGCAGACCUCCUAUCCAAGCUAGCGAGCACGAAACCUGGAACCGACAACCGCUCCCUCAUUCAAGGCAUCACGAGAGAACCAGCGAUUGCCCUCCACCUGACCAAGAUAAGCCUCUCCCGGAUGGACUCCAUCACCAAUUUCUUGCAAAAUGGCAAACUCCCUGGAGGCGAGAAGGAAGCUAAAGUGUUAAGAAGGGAGGCUGCCAAAUACAUGGUCAUACAGGGCCAACUGUUCAAAAAGGGACUUAGCCAACCUUUGCUGAAGUGCCUACACCCCGACCAGACGGACUACGUGCUCAGAGAAGUCCACGAGGGGUGCUGUGGUCACUACAUCGGGGGCAAAGUCCUAGCAAGGAAGCUCAUCCGAGCUGGAUAUUACUGGCCGUCAAUGAUAGAAGACUCCAAGGAGUUCGUGAAAAAAUGCGUCAAGUGCCAAGAGAACGCUAACUUCCACAGAGCACCGGCCACCGAACUGAGCCUGAUGACGUCCUCCCGACCCUUCGCACAGUGGGGAAUCGACCUCUUGGGACCCUUCCCGGUUGGCCCAGGGCAAGUCAAAUAUCUCAUAGUCACCGUCGACUAUUACACCAAAUGGAUAGAGGCUGAGCUAUUGGCCACCAUCUCCUCGUCUAAUUGCAAAAAGUUCAUGUGGAGGCAGGUGAUAACUUGGUUCGGCAUCCCGGAGGUCAUCAUCUCAGACAACGGGACGCAAUUCACCGAUAAGAAUUUUGUAGAGUUCCUCGCCGGCUUGGGCAUCAAACAGAAAUUCUCCUCGGUAGAGCACCCCCAGACAAACGGACAAGUCGAGUCCGCAAAUAAGGUCAUCUUGCUGGGCCUCAAGAAGCGGCUAGACAACAAGAAGGAAGCGUGGGCUGAUGAGCUCGCCUCAGUCCUCUGGUCCUACUGUACAACCGAGCAGUCCGCCACGGGAGAAACCCCCUUCCGCCUGACAUACGGGGUGGACGCAAUGAUACCCGUAGAGAUCGGUGAGUCGAGCCCACGGUUACUUCUCAAAGGGGUGGAAGAAGUUGUAGAGAAGGACCUAGUAGAUGAAACCAGGGAGAAGGCCCACCUGUCAGAAGUAGCACUAAAGCAAAGAAUGGCCCUAUGCUACAACACCAAAGUGCUCAAGAGGGAUUUCGAGCAAAACGACCUCGUCCUACGGCGCAAUGACAUUAGCCUACCGACCCAGGGAGAAGGCAAACUGGCGGCAAACUGGGAAGGCCCCUACAGGGUCAAAGAAGUGAUUGGCAAAGGCGCCUACAAAUUGGAGAAGCUCGAUGAAAGAGAGGUCCCGAGAACCUGGAAUGCGGGUAACCUGAGAAGGUUUUACCCCUAG